AUGUUUCUCGUGGAUGACUCGAGAUCCAUGGAGCCUCAUCAGAAGAAAGUAGCCGCGAGCUGCCAAGUCCUCUCUUACGUGCUCAAGAAGGGAGAGGUUGACCCAAACGCAACCUUUGAAGUCUAUUUUACCUCAUCUCACCCUCCACUCCAAUCAACAAGGACUUCGGAAUUGAAAGACAACAUUGAAAAAAUGCUAUUCCAUGAAGAUCAAUGCAACAUGGCCCCCAGUUUGGACGAGUUGGUCAGUAAGGCUAUCCAGAAUAGAAAACCGGUCAGCAUAUAUGUCUUGACGAACGGACACUGGAACCUCAAGAACCGAGAGAAUUUCUGCGGUGUAGAUGGACCGAUCAAACGCUUGGUGACUCAUGUUCGACGGACAAACGAACAGCAGAAUUGGAUCGGUGUCCAGUUCAUCCGCUUCUUUGACGGCAACGAGAACCCUGAUGACAAGCUCGGGGAGACCCGGUUGAAAGCAUUGGAUGACGAUUUGAAGCAACAGACGGGAAUAGACAUCGUCGACACACGGAAUUUUGACGCAGAUGUGCGCAAAAUUUUACUUGGUUCAGUCGUACCAGAUGAGGAUAAUUCUUGA